AUGAUACCUCAUUUGUCCAAAUCGGUCCAGCCAAAAAAAACCCCCUAUAAGUCACAACAUUUAAAAAAGGCUUGGAAAAUGCCCGAGAAUGUUAACAAUGCUCAACCAAAUUAUUCUUCUUUGCCUCCAACCCCUUCUUCUCAAACAGAAAAUAAAAAAUUGCUUAUUUUUGAGCCUUCCAUGCUUCUGUUUAUGUUUACUACUUUUGCCAAAUUUCCAGUAUUUCAGUCUCUUCUUUUCGAAAAAGCUUGUUUAGGCUCUGGCAGAUUUGACCAAAUUACCUGUCAAAAUGUUUCCGCUACCCAUGCCGAUUUGGAAUUACAGAAAGAAGCAAAUCAUUUAUUGAUAGCUUCAAGUUUGUGUUUAUUCCUUCCUUCAAUUCCUUCUGCCUUGUUUCUCGGAACCAUGUUCGAUUCUUGGAGUUCUCGCAGAACCUUAUUUAUUACUUUAAUAGGCCUUUUAUUUGCCGAUUUUAAUUAUAUUUUACAAUCAAUUUGUUUGGAAUGUUCUCCCUAUUUGUUAUUAUUUAGUGACUUGAUUUUUGGUUUUACUGGAGGAUUUACUUCUAUUAUAGGCCUUUUCUUUGCCUAUUCUGUUCGUGUAACGCCUACGACAUUUCGUCCCACAAGGAUGGCUUUGUUAGAAGGCAGUAUGGGACUGGGAGGAAUGUUUGGAUAUUUGUUAUCAGGCCAACUUAGACACCUAAUUGGUUAUGCCUUAUUUUUCCUGUUUUUAACAGUUUUACACUUAAUUGUAUUAAUUCAAAUAAUAUUUUUCUGUAAAGAAUUAAUUAAUAAAAAUAUAAAUACAACACAAGAAACAACAGAAACUACAACAAUCAGAAAUUCAACUUCUACAGAAAAUUUAAACCAGAAUUCUGAAAAUUCAACAUCAAAUUUUUGUAUUUUAUGUCGUAAACGGUUUUUGGAUAUUUUACAAAUUUUUAAAGCUGAGAGGGAUGUUGAUAAACAAAAAUAUUUAAAUAUUGUUUUGGUUGCUCUAUUAGUAGAAUUUAUUAGUUUUUCUGGUUUAAUGGAUAUUUUAUUUUCGUUCCUUCGUUUUCAACUUAAAUGGACAGAUAAAGAAUAUGGCUGGUUUAAUGGAAUUGCUGUUGGUUCUGAUAGUUUUUGUAUAAUUUUUAUUUAUCCUUUACUUCAAAAACGAAUUGGAAUAAGCAAUUUACGUUUAGCCUUGUUUGGAUUAACAUUUAAAAUUGGUUCAGUUAUAAUUUUGGCAUUUACAAAAACUUCUCUAAUUGCCUUUAUGUCCAUUUUUCUUUCAAUUUUUGGUCGAUUUGUGUCAACCGGAUUAAGGGCAAUAGCUAGUGCUUGUGUUAAUGUUGGCAAAAUUUUUUCUUUAAUGUCUUUACUCCAAUCUUUGGGCUUUUUAAUUGCUUCUCCUUUGUUUAAUGGAAUUUACCCUUUUACUUUAAACUUUUUUCCUGGUACAAUGCUUUUGGUUGUUGCAGCUCUUUUAACUUUUUCGGCUGGAUUGCUUAUUUAUUUGGAUGUGAAAAAUACGAAUUAA